GAUUGUGAGGCCUCACUUCACUGCCACAUACUUUCAGGUAUAAAAAGGUCGAAGAAUGGAGCGCCACCCUCGAUUGAAAACUCUAAUAUUUUAUAUUCCCAACAAAGACUUUCCUCAAACCUCCAGUCCGUUUAUCCUACCUUGGUAUCUAAACUCUCACUUUCCACCAUGAAAUUCCAGCUCUCCACAUUUGUCGGCCUUUUGCUGUCCCUUACUGCUCUGGCCGCUCCAACAGCUGAAGAUGCUACUGCUCUCGCAGAUGUCGUUGACGCUCGAUCAGAGGCCCAGGACACCUCUCCUGAAGCAUUAGGGUUAGAGGCCCGCAAAGUAACCACUUGCAUUAUCAUCAAUUCCGAUUCCAAACGGGUGAACUGCCGCAAAGGACCAGGCUUCAGCUACCCUGAUAUUGGCGAGAGCGUAUAUAUAGAAGUGGGGAAUGCUUACCCCUUUGGCUGCUACAAGAAGGGCGACUGCUAUCAGGGCAAUUGCACCUGGCAGAAACUUGCUACCAUUAACUGCUACGUUAAUGGAUAUUAUACUGACCCUCGUUGCACUGCCGCUGCUCUUGGAAAGUGCUAGAGGGCUACCAUUUAUCAAUCUAAUGAGGGUUGCUUGGGGGGGAGGCGGGAGGCGCGGCUGAGGGCAGGUGGCGAGGUUUGUGUUGUGCACUUCAAGGAAUGUAGGAACCAUACUCUGCGGCACUUUUGCAUAUAGCUGCUAUCAAAACAUUUAGAAAGGGAAAAAUAAAAACGCCUAAAUGAACGCCGACUGAUUUUGUGGAUGAGUUGUUCGAAAGUGGCUGUGCUAAGCCUUCAUUGGCCGUAUGUUGUAUAUUGUACGGGGAUAGUUGAUAAUUGUGGCGAAGUAGCAGAUUAGGAUAGUUCCUCUUCAAGCUUUAGACCAACAUGUGUUAUCACAUAGGCCAUAAUCACCACUACCAAAAGGAACGAUACUCAGUCCCAGAGCUUCAGGCGUUGUAAUCAUGCUAAUUCGCUAUCAAGACUAUAGAGAUAAUCGUCCCAAAUAUCCUUCUGAUAUACACAUACUUCCCACUAUACUAACACAGACCCCCAGCCCCUCCGACACCUAAAAAGCAAGCUCCC